GCUCAGCCCAACUCAUCACAGCGCACUAUAAAACCCCAUCGCAACGCCUUUCUCUAGGUCUCACUGAAAACAAUGGAGGCAUUACUGUCGAAUUACGUUGAGGAAAGCUUGAAUCAAUACAUGACAAGAAACGCCGUUUUCCUCAGCGAACGCCUCUUCGCCGAGUUCCCUUCCGAGGUUAAUUCACAAUUGUUGGCUAGAUGUUACUUGACUAAAAAUCAACCUCACUCUGCAUAUUACAUUCUUAAAGGUAUGGAAAUGGCUCAGUCUCGUUACCUGUUUGCAAUUGCCUGCUUAGAAAUGGAUCUCUUUAGUGAAGCGGAAGCUGCAUUGAUGCCUAUUGAACAUCUCUGCACUGAGGUUCCAAACGGUGCCGCUAUGCAAUAUCUUCUUGGCAUUAUAUAUAGGGACACCGCUAGGAUGAAAAGGUCAGUUGAACACUUUAGGAAGGCUUUGUCAAUUGAUCCAUUGUUUUGGGCAGCUUACGAGGAACUUUGUAUGCUAGGCGAGGCAGAAGAAGUCGCUGUUUAUUUUGGUGAUGCGGCUAUUCCUUGUGUUCAAGAGCAUUACCUAGGUAAUCCAUCCGAUUGUUUACUAAUUGCUGGUACCGAUCACAGCUUGGGUUCUUCUCAAAUAUUUGGCUUCAAAGAUAUGAGUCUGUGUCAUUUACAACAAAAGGAAGAGGAAAAACCCAGAGAUAUAUGUCAGAAUAAUCAUGGAGGACCUAUUUUAAGAGGAGCUGUUGGGCAAAUAACAAACAGCUGUUGCAACACACCAUCUUUAAGUACUUCCCCUGUGUGCACACAAAUAUCAGAUACAGCUCCACCUUCUCCAGUUAGAAACAUACAACUACACCAAAGUGAAGGCUCUCUAAGACCCAGACCUCAAGCUCAAAAGGAAUUUGUUUGUGAAAAUGAAUCAGAGCAGAUUCGUGGCAGUUUAUUUUUCAAUUCAGGACUUCGUAGAAGUGCAAGAUUAGCUGCAUCCGUGAGAAGAUUGAACACCUCAAAAGGAUCAGAAAACAAAGAAAAAAGUUUUCAUGCUUCAACUAAAUUAAACUCUGAGACUUGCACUUCAACAUCUCGUCAAGGGAAAUUGCUGGAAACUUCUGAGGUUGCCGUAUCGGAGUUAAAAACAACUUCUUCUUCUUCAUCUUCAACUGCUAAUGUUAAUUCCAUUCAGCAUGAGAUUGUAAAUACAAAACUAAGGAGAUUUGUCUCAGAUACUGCAACAAUUAAUUCUGGUAUAUCAGAUACGUUGACGCUCCUGAGAAUUCUUGGGGAGGGAUACAGACAUUUGUGUAUGUUUAGAUGUAAGGAAGCUUUAAAUGUCUAUCAAAAGCUCUCAUCAAAGCAGUAUAAUACAGGCUGGGUUCUUUCACAGGUUGGAAAAGCAUAUUUUGAGCUAGUAGACUAUUUAAAUGCUGAUUAUGCCUUUAGUCUCGCGCGCCAAAUAUCUCCUCACAGUGUGGAAGAGAUGGAUGUAUACUCCACAGUUCUUUAUCAUUUGAAGGAAGAAAUGAAAUUGAAAUAUUUAGCUCAGGAGUUGCUAUUAGUUGAUCGUUUUGCUCCACAAACCUGGUGUGCUAUCGGGAACUGCUAUAGUUUGCGAAAAGAUCAUGAAACUGCACUCAAAAGUUUUCAGCGAGCGUUGCAGUUGAAUUCUAGAUUUGCAUAUGCACUCACUCUUUCUGGUCAUGAGUAUGUUAUUAUGGAGGACUACAAACAUGGAGCGGAGUGCUACGAGAAAUCUCUUAAUGUUGAUGCAAGACAAUAUAAGUCUUGGUAUGGGCUUGGGGUGAUCUAUCUCCACCAAGAGAAAUUUGAAUUUGCAGAGCACCAUUUCCGCCAGGCCUAUCAUAUAAAUCCUUUCUCGUCAGUUAUAAUGUACUAUUUGGGAACCACUUUAGAAGCAUUAAAGAGGAGUGGGGAAGCUUUAGAGAUGGUGGAGAAAGCUAUUGUCACGGACAAGAAAAACCCACUUCCAAAGUACAGCAAAGCAAAACUGCUGGUGACACUAGGAAAGCUGAAUGAGGCUUUGAAAAUUUUGGAGGAACUCAAAGAGAGCACCCCUCAUGAAAGUAGCAUCUAUGCAUUGAUGGGUGAAAUCUAUAAACAGCAUAAAAAAUAUGACAAGGCAAUGCUUCAUUUUGGGCUUGCGUUGGACUUAAAACCAUCUCUAGUUGAUGUUGCUAAAAUAAAGGCUGCCAUUGGAAAGUUAAAUAUACCAGACGAAAUAGAGGACAGCUUGGAGUGAACUUGUAGAGCAAAGCCCCUGAUGUGUGAGGCAUUCGACUUUCUAUGCUUCGUGGUUGUACACUCGAAGAAGUUGAUAGAGUUCCAGAAGACAUCUUCGGACGAACUUAAAGCUUCCAACUCAUUCCGAAUGAUUAGAAAGUAAGUAGCAGUUUAAUUUAUUCUCCAAGCUGACUUGCGAGUAUGCCUUGGUUUAGACCGAUAGUCAUUUAUAUUUA